AUGACUAAUCCAUUUUCAAAAGACAUUAUGAACUUUCAAAUGCCAAAAGAUGUUAUCCUGCCAACAACGCUGAAAUCUUAUGACAGAAUCGGCGACCCUAAUAUACAUGUCACCAAGUUUCAUACAAUGAUGUUCAUGAAUGGUGCAUCCGAUCCAAUAUUUUGUCGUACAUUUCCUACCUUUUUAGAUGGUGCUGUCUUGAUCUGGUUUUCUAACUUGCCUGCAGGAUCUAUAUCAAGUUUUGAUAAGCUGGCCGACCUAUUUGUCAACAACUUUGUCGCAUUAAAAAUCUAUGUGCAUGACUCAAACUACCUCAGCACCAUAAAGCAAAGACAACAUGAAAGCCUUAAAGACCACAUGACAAGAUUCGCAAAGGCAACCAUGGAGAUACCUAACCUCAAACCAGAAGUCCACCUACAUGCACUAAAAAGUGGGCUCCACCUUGGGAAGUUCCAGAAAACUAUCAUUGCUACAAAAUCGAAGACAUUGGCUAAGUUCCGAGAAAAGUCAAUGAGCCAAAUCGAAAUAGAAGAACUCUGA